AAAAACAAAUUUUGUUUCUUUGUGAAAUUUUGGUUGCCUAUAGUUGAGAUGUUUAUUUCAAAUUUACUACAAGUAAUAACCUAAAAAUGGAAAAAGUGCUUCAAACAAACAUAAGAAACGCAAGAAAACUACUUCAUAAUAAAGUUUUCACCCCAACAGACCUUCUCAAUGCUUGUUUAGAUAGAGUCAAAGAAACUCAACACCUAAAUGCAUUCAUUACUCUUACAACCAAAGAAGCCCUGCUGGCAUCAACACAAUCCAAUGAAAUUUAUCAAAAAUCAAAUGACAGAAAUGAACUUGAUGGAAUUCCAAUUGCAAUAAAAGAUAACUUUUGUACAGCUGGCAUCAAAACAACUUGUGCUUCAAAAAUCUUAGAAAACUUUACCCCUACAUACAAUGCAACAGUUUAUAAAAGAUUAUGUGAAGCUGGAGCUGUACUCAUAGGCAAAACCAACUUGGAUCAAUUUGCUAUGGGUUCAGGAACAGUUGAUUCAAUUUAUGGAAGUACAAAAAACAGCUGGGGAUUUAAAAACACAGAAGAUUUUUGUAUUGCUGGGGGAAGCAGUGGAGGUAGUGCUGUUGCAGUAGCAACAGGAACUUGUUAUGGAGCCAUUGGAUCAGAUACCGGCGGUUCUACACGCAAUCCAGCUUCAUAUUGUGGUGUAGUUGGAUUAAAACCAACUUACGGUCUAGUUUCACGUUUGGGAUUAAUCCCGUUAGUCAAUUCAAUGGAUGUACCUGGUAUUUUAACUCGUUAUGUUGACGAUGCGGCCAUUUUACUGAAUGCCAUCGCUGGACAUGAUCCGGACGACAGCACAACUUUAACAAAACCUUACAAAUCAAUUCGUUUACCUUCCGCGAAACAAUUAUCCGUGAAAGGUUUAAAAAUCGGUAUUCCUGUUGAGUACGCAUGCGAAAAUCUUGAUCCUGAAGUGUUGGAGACAUGGAAUGACAUCGCCGCCAUGUUGGAAAACAGUGGCGCUGCUGUCAAACAAGUUUCUUUACCUCAUACUGAAUUCAGUAUUGUUUGUUACUCGAUUUUGAAUCAAUGUGAAGUGGCGAGUAACAUGGCGCGGUAUGAUGGAAUAGAAUUUGGUUACAGAGCUGAUGAAAACGAAUCAACAGAGAAAUUGUAUAGUAAAACGCGUAGUGUUGGUUUUAACGAAGUUGUCAGAAAUCGCAUUUUGACAGGCAAUUAUUUUCUCUUGACGAGAAACUAUGAAAAGUAUUUUAAUCAAGCGUUGAAAGUGCGCAGAUUAAUUGCGGAUGAUUUUUAUAAUGUCUGGGAGGAUGUUCAAGUGUUACUUACACCGACAACUUUAUCUACAGCACCGAAAUAUAAAGAUUUUGUACAGAAAACUAAUCGAGAUCAGUGUGCCAUGCAGGAUUUUUGUACGCAACCAGCCAAUAUGGCGGGGAUCCCAGCGGUUUCUAUACCGAUAAAACUGUCGAAAACAGGUCUUCCGAUAAGUUUACAAAUCAUGGGACGUAAAUUAAGUGAACCUAUGAUUUUAGCACUGGCUAAAUUCAUUGAAAAUGCAGUACAAUUCCGCAAACAAUAGCCAUAAUAACCAAAAAGGUUCAAACUUGCAUACAAUGUGAAUUAUUUAAUUUAAUUCUUAGAAAUAUUGCAGUAAAUGUGUUUUCUUAAA